CGACAUUGUCAAAUGGUGAAGUUUACAAAAAUAUGACAAAGAACAAAACUGAAUUCAUUGCGAAUAUUGAUCAUUGUGACUUCCACUGUGAAAAACAAGUCAGUGUAGCGGCUGGAGUUGAUGCCACCCUCGAAGUUAUUUUUGAACCAACCAGUGUAGGCAAUGGAGUGGCUACACUGACAAUUACAAGUGCACAAGCUGGUGAAUACAGUUUCCUGCUUAAAAGUACAGCGCUGCCACCACAACCUCAAGGCCCUAUCACGAUAAAAGCUGGUGAAACAAAACACAUUGUCUUUCGCAAUGUCUUUCCUACACCGAUUCUCUACUCAUUUCAGGUUGAUAAUACCGUAUUCAACUUGCCAAAAAAACAAAGUGAAAUCAUUCGACCGAAUAAAGAAUUUCGAAUACCCAAUCGGUCUUGA